AAUACAGAAAUCUUUCAAGAGGAGGAAAACGGCAUUGAGUCUUGUGAUUCAAAUAGAAGAAAAUAUUAGGCUAAGAUUUGGGAACCUCAGAUAACUACGAGUAGUUUGGAGACAUUUCUUAAGGUAGAAAUGUCUUUUCAGGUUCUUAACGGAGCCGACGAAAGUGGAGAAAUAACUCCUGUAGUUGUGACUAAUCACGAAAACAGUCAAUCACGACAACACUUACCAUUUUUGCACAGUUGGAAGAAUCACUGCCCGCUCUCGUUCAUAACCCGCAACUUUCUUAUGAUGGAACUUGUUUUAAAUAUUAUAUCAAGUUGGGUUCAUUUGAACAAUGAUAACAUUUGUUUGUCGUUUGGUAGAAUAUUUUAUAAAGGUCAAGCUUAUAGAGUUUUUGUAGCUCCAUGGUUCUAUCAUUCUGCUGCAGAAUUUGCCUCAAGUGCUUUCGCUUGGUGCUUCAUUGCAGGUCCACUUGAAAAACUGUUGGGUUCAUUAAGGUUCCUUUCUAUUGUGUUGUGGUUUGUUGGUUUGACAGGUUUACUUUAUAUUACUUUGGGUUUAUUUUUUAGCAAGUUUCAUUGGUCGCUACCAGAAGAUUGUGUACUUGGAAUAUCCAACGUUCUUUUUGCUUUAUUGGUGCUCGCUUUUUCAAGGUUUGAAUUUUCUUUGGCAACACUUCGAGACUUGCCAGUUCCUUCUUGGAGUUUUCCUUGGAUGAUUUUAAUAGUUUGCCAAGCAAUGAUUCCAUCGUCGCCAUUUCUUGGACACUUGAGUGGAGUCUUAGCUGGUACAUUGUUUGUUCAUCAAAUAUCGAUUAUUCCAAGUUAUCGACUGUUGCUCAAAAUAGAAGAAUCACCUCUGUUUUCAUGGAUGCUUCAUAUACGUGGGUAUAUUCCGACAACUGUAGCUCUUGAAGAUAUCGAACGACUUCCUAUGCGGUUCUUUUCUAAAGGAGGAGAGUCUUCAUGGAAGGACCUUGGAUGGAUAAAAUGGAUAGACAAAUGGUUAUUAGGUCAUGACAACUUGGAUAUAGGCCACGCUUCUCCUCGUGUAUCACAAAAUGACCAUUCGGAAAAACUGACGAGUGUUGUUGUCAAUGGAAGUAGGAGUCAUCCCUCUUCAAGAAGUAGUAGUGAAGGAAGGGAACAAGAAUUUCGCAAGUUGCUCGGUACAUCGUUUGUAAUGGAAGUGGAUAAAAGCUAAAUGGAAUAGAAAUUGGGGUAUGAAUAUCAUUGAAAGUGUAGAUGAAAGCAUAUUCAUAAAGUGAAAUGCAUUCAAACUAUGUCAACUGUAUUAUAGAUUGUAGGAGUUUUUUGCAUUUGACAAAAAGAAAGCCAAAUCCUAAGAAAAGAAUCGAGUUGACUAUGAAAGACAAGAUGACAACGGUACGCUUAACAAAAACACUCGAGCAAUUGUCAAAGCUGCCAAUCCAAGAGCAAAGUAGAAGUGUGUGUAGGUCUUAUCUCGCCUCGACCAUCCAACUCAACGUUAGGAAGAAGUUCAGGUAGUCCUCUCUUGAAUAAGAAAGCUAUGGAAGCUAUAGUUGAUAAGGAUUUAUCCAUCCUGCGACCAAAAACAUAACAACUGCAUUGCACCUAUUUCCUAUCGUGGGAGGUUGAAAACUCUGUUGUGAUAAUCGUCUUUCUACCUGAGUUUUCAAGUUUGCUCUGGUUCUUCCUUCCAUUCUUGCAAAGGAUCUUCAAAACUCUCUUAUCCUUGUCCAUUUCCAGUUUGUUCAACUGUUUCUAGUUGCCUUGAUACCUGUUUACCGUGACUUGUAACUCUUCUUCAUAAGAAGCGUCCCAGAAGACUCUUCAAGAACGAACAAGAUUCACUUGGUAUUCUUAUAAUAUAUGCCUAUUCAACAUAAAAUUUCCGAAUUCCCAUAAAGCUACUAAAAGC